AUGUCAGAUAUCGACUCCAUCAUUGAAAAAUGCAUUGAUGACAUCUGGAAGACCUACGACAAGGACAACAGUGGCUUCCUCGACAAGGCUGAGACCAAGGCCUUCGUCAAGAACACCUUGACCGAAAUGGGAGAGAACGGUGAAUUCUCCGAGGCUGACUUCGAAGCCUGCUUCAAGGAAUUCGACAAGGACGGCAACGGCACCAUCUCAAAGGACGAGAUGAAAACCUUCAUCAAGAAAGUCGCUGGACUCUGA